AUUAUAUUUAGCAUUUUGAGGGUGGAAAUUUAGAGGAACGAUUCAUGACCGGUCACCAAAAAGUAAUAAAAAGGAUUAAGGAAUAAAAAUGCCAUUCAAAUAUACAAAACGUGGUCAAGACGAAAUGGCAGUUGUUUGUUAACGACGCACUGCUUGAGACAACUUACAUACAUGUAAUGGCGAAACUAGCCGAUGUUUUCUCGGAGAAGGAAAGGACCAACUGGUUAAAGUCAUGGCUGGCUAUAGACAUUGCAAAGUCAGGCUUACAGCACCUCGUAAAAACAGAGGCUCAGAAUUUCCACUCAAGUAUUUACACCUCCAUAUUUAGCAUGCAAACUCCUCUUGUGUGCUGUAGCACUGCAAAUUUGCUGACAUGUCCAACACCCAAAGUCUGCAAAAUUUGGAGAAAAACAUGCUCCAUGCAUGACCCUGCUUCAAAUUACACGCGACCAUGCCCGGUAAAUAUAUGUGAUAAGGUUAUGGGCCAAAUUGCAAACAACCACCGAUACCGAGGACCUUCAUGGAAGUGUACAUCAGCACAACGAUGGGCGUCUCAUCCAUGGGAAAUUGCAAAAUGUUAUUUUCCAGAAGACGGCUAUGAUAAACAAAUGUCGUUUGAAGACACGGAUUUCAACGGGAUUAUCAGUUUUUUGUUGAACUUCAAACCAUUUGACCAACGCUUCUCGUUCAGCAUAAAACAGAAACCAACAGAUCCUGCAUGUCUCUUGACUAAGGCUCGUGAUAUUUGCAAAGCAGUCCGUCACACUUCUGUCUGCAAAGUGACCGACAUCGAUCUUAAUGACUAUUUCACAACGCUUACUGAUCUGCUAGGAGAUCCAACAUCACUAGCACAUGACAGCAGUGCACAGGACGCCGUGAUUAAACUUCAACAGCUGAAACAGGACACGUUUAAGAUCACAACGGCCGAAAUGUGUAAUGGUCUAAAGGAAGCUCAGCAGAUAUUGCAGAAAGUGGAACACACCGCAGAAGAAGCUAUAGAUGAAAUAAAAAAAUACAUACUCACGUGUACGGAUGACAUAAAAUCUCAGACAGGUAUAUGCAAAGAAGAAAUUCUUUAUAGCAGAGACCAAUGUAAAACUGAAAUAGUGACACAAACAGUCAGCUGUAAAAAAAUUCUAGAUAGUCAUACAACCACAUGUAAAAAUGAAAUCGAAAAGAAAACUAAUACUUGCAAAAAUGAAUUUGACGAUCACAUUAUCAAGUGUAAAUCUGAAUUUGAUAACAACGCAGCCAAAUAUAAAGAGGAACUAAAGGAAGCAUCGGAAAACGUUUUACAUUUCAUUACGGUGGACGAAUAUAAUCCAUGUAACUAUGAAUUAGCUCGUGAAGGUAAAUAUAUAAUUUUAUUUUAUACUUUCCGGUGGUUUCUAGAGAAAUAUGAGAGAAAUAAAACUGGUAUUUUACUAAUUUAAACAGUGAAAAAUAAC